AUUUCAUAUUCCUCUUGCCGUGAGCAGUACUUCGCAAUGGGUUCAUAGAGGAUAAAUAGAAGGGUAUCCGUCGAGAUGAGGUUCAGAGGCUUGAUUGCACCAUCAAGAAGUCGGCUCACCAGACCUUCGCCCUUGAAACACCCGAAAUUUGACGCAUUUGCAACACAUCAGUAGCUAUGGAACCUCUCAGAAUCGCAGUGGCAGGACUAGGACGAAUGGGUCGUCGCCAUGUUCAGAACCUCAUCUACCGCGUCCCGAGGGCCUCAGUGGUGGCGGUUUGCAGCACCGAGGCCCACGAAUUGGAGUGGGCUCGUUCCCUUGAGGAUUACAAGGAGUUCAACGUCACAGUAUACGGCUCCACCGAUGUCCACGCAAGCCAAACAUUAGCAGCUAUCAAGAAGGGUCUCCACGUCUUGUGCGAGAAGCCCUUGAGUACGAAGAUGGAUGAGAUCGCAGCCUGCGUCGACGCCGCAAAAGCCCGUCCGGACCUCAAAGUGAUGGCCGGAUUCUCCCGCCGCUUCGACGCCUCCUACCGGGACGCCGCUACCAAAAUCUUCGACAACAAGGCCAUCGGCAGCCCCUUCAUAGUCCGGUCCAAUACAUGCGACCUCCUCGACAACACCGGCUUCUUCGUGCGCUACGCCCCGCGUAACGGCGGCAUUUUUGUCGACUGCGCCAUCCACGACAUUGACCUCUCGCUCUGGUACCUCUCGGACCCGGUCCCGAAAUCCUGCUGGGCGACGGGUACGCUGCAGCACCACCCGGAGCUCGCGCAGAUGAACGACGUCGACAAUGGCGUCGGCGUCGUCGAGUUCUGGGGCGGCAAGAUUGCCUACUUUUGCUGUUCCCGCACGCAGGCCCACGGCCACGAUGUCUGCACCGAGAUCACGGGCACCGAGGGAAAGGUCUCGGUGAAUGUUGUGCCGAGAGCCAGCAAUGUCGUUGUCGCGGAUAAGCUUGGUAUCCGGAACGAGGUGCAGCCCGAGUACUGGCAGCGAUUUGAGCACGCGUUUGCGCUGGAGGCCAACGAGUUCACCGAGUCGGUUCUCAGGGACAAACCUGUUCCGCUGCCUCUUGAGAAGGGCGUCAAGGUUAUGGAGAUCGGUCGAGCUUUGCAGGAUGCUCUUCUUACGGGAGAGGUUCAGAGGUUUAACGAGAAGGGAGAACGCAUCUAG